AUGAAGGGCAAGAAACCUGGCAAACCUGGUAAAGGUGCAAGAAAUAAGAAGAAAAUUUUGAAAUUUUCAGUUGAUUGUACACAUCCAGUUGAAGAUGGCAUAAUGGAUGUCAACAACUUUGAGAAAUAUUUACAUGAACGUAUUAAGGUUGAUGGCAGAACCAACAAUUUGGGCAAACUGAUCAAUAUCGAGAGAAACAAGAACAGAAUUGUUGUCAGCUCUGAAAUCAAGUUCUCUAAAAGAUAUUUGAAAUAUUUAACCAAGAAAUAUUUAAAGAAGAAUAGCUUGAGAGAUUGGUUACGCGUGGUCUCCAGUGAUAAAGAAUCAUACGAGUUGCGUUAUUUCCAGAUUAACCAAGAUGAUGAAGAAGAGGAAGGAGAUGAAUAA